UCCCUCCCCGGAUUCUGGCCAUCCUCUUCCUCUCCUCCAGCCCAGCUUCGGUUCUCCGGCAAGGCUCCUUCCAUUCCUGGUUCCUUAUCCAGAGCGAUGGAAAAUUCUUCCGUGGCUUCGGCCUCAUCCGAGGCAGGGAGCAACCGUUCACAGGAGAUUGAGGAGUUGGAGCGAUUCAUCGACAGCUAUGUUUUGGAGUAUCAAGUCCAAGGCUUGUUGACCGACAAGACGGAAGGAGACGGGGAGAGCGAGAAAACGCAGUCUAACGUCUCUCAGUGGACAGCUGACUGUAACGAACAGAUAGAAGUCAGCGGUUCCUCCUUCAGAGGCAAGGGCUCAGCACCACAUAAUCAAAACCAGGAAGAGUGGGAUCACAGCAGCAGUGGCAGCUCAGGCUCCAGGCCUAGUUCAGGCUCCAGGCCUGGGUCUGUAUCAAAGUCUGACGGCCGAGGGAGAAGCAGCCAGUUCAGACAUUCAACCAAGAAUGGCAACAAAGACAGCUCCCUUGACAUGUUGGGCACAGACAUCUGGGCAGCCAAUACUCUUGAGUCCUUCAGUGGUGCCACUUGGGACUUGCAACCUGAAAAACUUGACUUCACCCAGUUUCACAGAAAGCUCCACAACACCCCCAAGCAUCCGCUCCCCCACAUAGACAGGGAAGGGAUCGGAAAAGGAAAAAGUGAAGAUGGAGAUGGAAUCAAUUUGAAUGACAUAGGGAAGGUUCUCCCAGCUUGGCAGGGUUAUCACCCAUUGCCACAUGAAGCUGAAAUUGCACACACCAAAAAAUUAUUCAGGAGGAGGAGGAACGACCGGAGGAGACAAAGGGCCCCCGGGGGAAACAAGUCUCAACAACACACGGAGCAUCAGCAAGGCACCGCCAAACACAACAGGGAACACCAGAAACCCUCCCAGGGCGGCCAAGCCCCACACCCCUCGGGGCGGCCCGGCCACCACGGCUACAGCCAAAACCGGCGGUGGCACCACAACCAGAAACACUCGCCCAACGACAAAGAGGCGCACAGAAAUGCCAAAGAGACUGAGAACCUGAAAAUCGAGGAUGCCUCUGUGUGCACAGUGCACAUCCCCCUAGAGAUGCAUCGGAGCAGCGAAGCCACGGAGAGACAGUCCCCGCAGUACAUUCAGGAUCCGGAGAGCAAGCGAAAAGACAGCCUCCACGACCGGAUAAGCGAGAGGCCCAAAAUUAACUUGCUCCAGUCUUCCAAAGACAGACUUCGCAGGAGACUAAAAGAGAAGAUGCCUUGUCUUUCCCUUUUCACGGACCAGGACGAAGUGGCCGUGGAGUCUACCCACCCCCAAAGGAACAAAAUGGACAAACUAAUUGAAAUUCUCAACAGCAUGCGGAAGAACAGCAGCGGGGUGGACGGCAAACUCACCAGCUUCAUGGAGGAAGCCCAGAACUCGGCCAACUCCGAGGAGAUGCUGGGGGAGAUUGUCAAGACCAUUUACCAGAAGGGCGUGACGGACCGCAGCUUUGCCUCUACGGCCGCCAAGCUCUGUGACAAGAUGGCGCUCUUUAUGGUGGAAGGCACCAAGUUCCGGAGCCUCCUGCUCAACAUGCUACAGAAAGACUUCACAGUGCGGGAAGAACUGCAGCAGAGCGACGUGGAGCGCUGGCUGGGCUUCAUCACCUUCCUUUGCGAGGUGUUUGGCACCAUGAGAAGCAGCACCGGGGAGCCCUUUCGAGUCCUCGUCUGCCCCAUUUAUACCUGCCUCAGGGAGCUGUUGCAAUCUCAGGACAUAAAGGAAGAUGCUGUUCUUUGCUGUUCAAUGGAGCUGCAAAGCACCGGCCGGCUGCUGGAGGAGCAGCUGCCCGAGCUGAUGACGGAGCUGCUGGCCAUCGCGCGUGACAAGAUGCUGUGCCCCUCGGAGUCCAUGCUGACCCGGUCCCUCCUCCUCGAGGUCAUUGAGCUGCACGCCAACAAUUGGAACCCCCUGACCCCCACCAUUACGCAGUACUACAACAAGACAAUCCAGAAACUGACCACCUGAGAGGAAGACAGCA